GCCAGGCCCGACGCGCCGUGGCAGCUGACUCCAUUCGUCUGACCCAGCCGGGCUUGACUCUGUCUAGGCGCGCCAUGUUCGCGCGUGGGUCCCGGAGGCGCCGCUCCGGGCGUGCGCCUCCGGAGGUAAAGGACCCUGCCCACGGCCAGCCUUGCAAUUCCUGCAGGGAACAGUGCCCAGGCUUCCUACUGCACGGCUGGAGAAAGAUCUGCCAGCACUGCAAAUGCCCGAGGGAGGAGCAUGCUGUGCACACUGUGCCUGUGGAUCUAGAGCGCAUCAUGUGCCGGCUCAUCUCAGACUUCCAGCGCCACUCCAUUUCUGAUGACGACUCAGGCUGUGCCUCAGAGGAGUAUGCCUGGGUACCCCCUGGCCUUAAGCCGGAGCAGGUUUACCAGUUUUUCAGUUGCCUUCCAGAGGACAAGGUCCCCUAUGUCAACAGUCCUGGGGAGAAAUACAGGAUAAAGCAGCUGCUGCACCAGCUACCCCCACACGACAGUGAGGCACAGUACUGCACGGCCCUGGAAGAGGAGGAGAAGAAAGAGUUGCGAGCCUUCAGCCAGCAGAGGAAGCGGGAGAAUCUGGGACGGGCCACUGUUCGAAUCUUCCCAGUGACCAUUACUGGAGCCAUCUGUGAGGAGUGUGGAAAGCAGAUCGGAGGUGGGGACAUUGCAGUCUUUGCCAGUCGCGCAGGCCUUGGGGCCUGUUGGCAUCCUCAGUGCUUUGUGUGUACGACAUGCCAGGAGCUUCUGGUUGACCUCAUCUACUUCUAUCAUGCUGGCAAGGUCUACUGUGGGCGCCACCAUGCUGAAUGCCUGCGCCCUCGCUGCCAAGCGUGUGAUGAGAUCAUCUUCUCCCCGGAAUGUACGGAGGCGGAGGGCCGACACUGGCACAUGGGUCACUUCUGCUGUUUCGAGUGUGAAGCGUCGUUAGGAGGGCAGCGCUAUGUCAUGCGUCAGAGCCGCCCCCACUGCUGCGCCUGCUAUGAGGCCCGCCAUGCAGAAUACUGUGACGGCUGUGGGGAACACAUCGGCCUGGACCAGGGCCAGAUGGCUUAUGAGGGCCAACACUGGCACGCAUCAGAUCGCUGCUUCUGCUGUAGCCGUUGCGGUCGACCUCUGCUGGGCCGCCCUUUCCUGCCACGCCGAGGCCUAAUAUUCUGCUCACGAGCCUGCAGCCUUGGGUCUGAGACCACCACUCCAGGGCCUGGCCGACGCAGCUGGAGCGCCGGCACCGUCACCGCACCGCUCACAUCAUCCACAGCUUCAAUCUCGGCUGUGGAGGGGACAUCAGAGACAGCCAGCAAAGGCACUUGUACCAAGGCAGAGCCUGCUGCAGACCCUGAAGAGCCCUCCCAUUUUUUGAGAGGGGCCCCCCACCGCCACUCUAUGCCUGAACUGGGUCUCCGCAAUGCUCCUGAGCCACCCACAGAAUCCCCUGGCCAUCCUGCCCUGCACCCAGAUGAUAACACCUUUGGUCGCCAGAGUACGCCUCGUGUCAGCUUCCGAGACCCUCUGGUAUCUGAAGGAGGUCCACGAAGGACCCUUAGUGCACCUCCAGCCCAGCGCCGCAGACCUCGAAGUCCCCCACCCAGGGCCCCCAGCUGCCACCACCACCACCACCACCACCGCCGCCGCCGGCGCCAGCGGCACCGUCGCCGAGGGAGCCACCAUCAUCACCACCAUUCUGGCAGACAUGGCCACCAUCGCUGUGACUUGGGAUCAGGUUCAGAUUCAGGAUCUUGUUCCAGCUCACCCUCCAGCCCCAGUUCAGAGUCUUCUGAGGAUGAUGGCUUCUUCCUAGGGGAACGUAUCCCACUGCCCCCUCACCUCUGCAGGCCCAGGACCACUCAGGACACAGCAACUGAAACCUUUAACUCCCCAGCCCAGCCACUUAUCCAGGAGUCUCCCCCUGCAAUGCCUCGCCAGACCCGGGACAAGAACUGCAUCGUGGCUUGAAGGAAGGCAGCUUUAGAAGGAAUUCUACUUUUCUAAAGUCAGUGUAAAUGAUGAUUGUCCUAAACUAAGUCAUGGUCCCCUUCUGCACUCCAUCUUGUUUGUAUUGGCAAAGCAAUGUAAUAGUUGUUAAAGAAACGCCUGGCUUCUUUGUUCCAA